CCUCACCCCAACAUUAUCCAACAUUUCGGUAUUUAUUACGAUGCCGACGGGCCCACUUGCAACAUCAUCAUGGAGUACUGCUCUGGUGGAGAUCUACAUGACUUUGCUGAUCACUGGCUGUACACCAGGGCCCAAAACAUCCCGGAGAUGUUCCUUCUCCAUUUCAUUGCAUCGAUGGGAGAGGCAUUGGGCUAUCUACAUCUCGGACUCCGUCACCGCCCAGCGGAAGAUGGGGUGAACAUGCCAACCGUCAUACAAGAGGAGGAUCAUCUGCCUCUUCUGCACCGAGACAUCAAACUCGACAACAUCUUCCUCCGCUGGUCUCGCACCUCGUACGGAAUGCCGGAAAUUGUCUUGGGCGACUUCGGCGGUGCGAGCCUGGCCUCACGAGCUGUCGGUAUGUUUGGAACGCCGGGGUACUUUCCACCUGAAGUGCGCACAUACAUGCACUCACCCGGAAUACCAUCGAGUGCCGGGGCGAUGUCCACGGCAAGUGACAUCUACACUGUCGCCGCAUGCCUGUGCUACCUGCUAGUCUGGGGCAGCUACGCCCCAGAGAGGGACAUGGUGCCCAUUUUCAACUCAUCAAGCCUGCGCGGCUGGCCGCUGCUUCUGGAUCUCCUGCAGGAUUGUCUCAAGAAGGAUCCCGAAGACCGACCUGACACCAUGACCCUCUUCGAUUGGGCUCCUGUCUUGCAGAAUCGCAUUCAGUUUUUGUACGAGCACAAUGUGCGGAUGCCAGGGGGCUCAUGGCUGCAGCCGAAAGUCGUAGCAGCCACGGUGAGCGUUGAUGCAGUCCCCAGACGGUCCUUGGCCAUUCCAGAAUCGAUCUAUACGGCGACGACACCGAGCGCGGACGCGUGGGAGUUUGAUGAUCGCGAAGUGGCCCGCUCCAUCUCUACUUUGAAAGGCAGGACAGACCGGCCUGCAAUCCAAGCUGUGGGCAAGCAGCCUGCCGUGGAACAGGUGAGAACCCGACCUCCCACCCAGCGGGUCUGGAGCUGGACCUUCAGGGGUCGAGGGGAGCGCGAGAUGGCACGCUCCUUCUCGUCCGCAAAUCCUACCGACAGUUGGGUAGAGGCCCAGAGAGCCUGGGUAGAUCAGCUGCCUCGCUCUCCCUCGACCCCGACGACCCGCAAUAACUGGCCAGACAAUCAGCCGGGAAACAUUGUCCCCAUCCAGGCUACGCGAGAGCUUGGAUCGACGCACCCUUCCUCUCCUGCAAGGCUAAAACACCUGUGGCUUGGUGGGCUUGGGGUCGUGCCGGCGUUGGCCCCGUCGACACAUCCUUCCUCUUCUGCAAGGGUAAACGACCUUUGGCUUCCGGGGCUUGGGAUCGUACCGGCGCGGGCCCCGCCUACGCAAGACCAUGAACACACGCAUCCCUCAUCUUCUGCAAAUGUGAACGAUCUUUGGCUCUCGGGGCUUGGGGUCGUACCGACGCGGGCAUCGCCUGAAUCGAUGCAUCCUUCCCCUCCUCCAAAGAUGAACGACCUUUGGCUUCCCGGGCUUGGGGUUGUACCGGGGCGGGACUCUGCAAACUCCCGGCCUGGAAUUCAACCCUCGAAGCAGCGCUCCUUGUACUCCCCAAAGAACAGCAGAGAUGACAAACAUGUAGUCCAGGGGGCGAAGGCCUUCGACUUUAGAGUCCUCCCGCUGCGGCCAAGGAGAGUGACGAUCCGGAGACCUCCUCCGGCCUCCAGGCGGUCUGAUGUCGUCGAACGCAUGGCCAGUGUUGUGUCGCGACUUUCUCCAAGACGCAGCCGGCGGGCUGUGCCGGUAAGUCGGGUUUUCGCGGAUAGUGAUAUUGAGUAGAAUGCUACGUGCGUGAUCCUGGUGUACGGUAAGUCCAGAAAAUAGAUGGUCGAUCUUGGUCU